UUGUGGCGAGCGGCGGUGCUCAAUGCCAAGUUUGUGCACUAUAGUGUUCAAUUCCAUAAUGAGCGAGUGCGAAUUGGCAAGCUAGCUGCAGGAAGCAGGCACUGCUCGUUUGAAGCAGGCGCAGGGAGGAAGUGAAAACGGAAAAGCUUCCGGCACUGUCUGAAGCUUUACCAUUUCCGACCACCGCCACAUAGGUUCCGGCAGGUCAGUGAGCUACAAACUAGCACCAAGCUGUUAGCUCUCAAAAACUUCAUUCCGUUAGCCUUAGGAUUAUCCUUGAUGGAGAUUUUUCGAUGUUUGACGUUUAGGAACGGAGGUAGUAUUUUUUUACGUGCAUUAUCUUUCUGCGAGGUUUCAGGGUGUGAGAGAUAACUCCAAAAUUUCAUGAAACAAGAUGCGUUAGCUGGCCAUUAUUUUUCUAGCAGUUGGACCAAGACGUAGGCAGAUUAGUUCAAGAAUCAUUUUCCUUAAUUUUGUUUUCAAAUUGGUUGUAUAUACUAGCUCUGCAUAAUUAUAUAGCUCAGUGGGGAAUACGCGUCAUGCACGGCAACUAAACAAGACGGUAGUAGCUGGUUUUUUUUAGUUUAGGGAAACGCUAUCCUUCAGCCGGCUGAUGCACGCACAACAUCCGUCGCAUGCGUAGCCGUCUGAUCGGUCUUGAUUGAGCGCUCACGCUAGCCACAAGUCCCGUGCAGUCUUCUUUUUUUUUUCAACAAGCAUAUCAUUUUCAAACGUUUCUGUAACAAAGGUCUUGUUUCAUAAAAUAAAUCGACGGUGAAGAGAUUUUCUUCUGCGACAGGGUUCUUGUUUCAGAAACAUAGUCCUCGUUGCAGAGCUGGAGGAGCGUCCGACUUUAAAGAGUACGAGGCCAAGCAUCGCAAGUUCGCAACACGACGCAUGUCUCAGAAACGCGGCUUUAUUUGCAGAAAUCACCACAGGAGUGCCCGGCGUGGGAGCUCUUCGCCGUCGUGCCGGAGUAGAGACAGUUGGUCGGGGUGUUGGGUCGAAGGAGGCAUGGCAACUCCAGUGGCCGCCGGGGCUCCAUGGCCAAGGCGCCCAGGCCAUGGCGGGACAACAGUGCUGUCUCGACAGACUUGUUGCAAAGUCCCCAAGCGCAGCAAGCUAGCUGUUGCAAAGGUCCUCGGUUGGUUGGGCGGUAGAUCAGAUGGCUAUUUCAGGCGGCAUCCGACGGCUGCUGAGGCGGCCGAUCUUAUAAAUUUAUCAUUUGGCGGACGUGUAGCACUGCCCUUAGUUUAAUUAUUAAUGUGUGGGAACUUGUAGGAACAUGAGUGGAAAUUCCUGCUACGAACAAAAUUGAACUACUGUCUAUAGCCCCAUAAAUUACUACGCAUGCUGACCACCAGUUCUACUGUUCUGAAACAAACAAGUGUGUUAGUCCAAACAUCUCUCUCCAUCAGCUCUUUUUAUACAUCUCAAGUUGCUUCCUCUGCUUAAUUUGACUGACUUCGUUCCGUGGGGGUUGGUGAGUUCCCACCUCUAUUAGAUUAUGGUUUAAGCUAAUUAUUGUACCUGUGAUGAUAUCUAUCUCCUAGUAUUGGCCAACUCUGAACAGCAGUUCGUGGGUUGGUUUCGAAACAGCAUGGCCUAAAUCUCCCAUAUCUUUCCUCCUACCUCUGAAAAGCCUCGAUGGUGGUGGAAGGUGUUGCAUGGGGCAUAUCUGUUGCAGGAUGGAUCAUGUCGCCUAUCAUCUCCAAGCUUCUGGACAAAGCCUUGUCCUACUGCAAAUUCGACAAAGAAGAGACGCUUCAACGCCUAUUGACGGACGUUCUCCCUCGAUUGGCGCUUACCCUAGAAGCAGUGGAGGACAUUCAUCAUAGGAAAUUCUUUGAGGAGAUGGUGAGGGGGCUCAAAUCCGCUUUCUUCGACAUGGAAUAUAUCCUCGCUGAUCUGGAGUAUAUUCGUCACCAAAAGAAGCUGGACAACCAGAAAAGUCUCCUACAAAAGAGAGAGAAAAAAAAGGCCCAGAACGGCUUCGGAUGCUGAAGCUAGCUCCUCAAACCAGUAUGUUUUUGUCGAACCGGGUUUUACUCUCACAGGAGAUUUGAAUCGUCGUUUGAAGGGCAAUAUGGACACGAUAGAAAGACUCAUUGAUAAAGCACAUGGUAUUAUUGCACUAACAAAGCGGUCAAGCAAGGGUGACACUGAUACUGCCAAAGAUACACAUACACCCACUACUUCAGUUCCAACAGUAAAGGUAACUGGCAGAGAUGAUGAGGAUCGUAAUUGGAUAAGUGAAAUGCUUCAUGAUGUCAAUCCAAGCUCAAGUAACAAAAAAUGUUUCUCAGUAAUUGGCGUUCAUGGCAUUUCGGGAUCUGGGAAGACAACCCUGGCACAACAUGUUUGCGAGUAUGAGAAAAGUGCAAAGCAUUUCAACCUUGUCAUGUGGAUUCAGGUUACACAGAACUAUAGCUUGCAUGAAAUUUUCAAGGAGAUGCUUGAAGCAGCUUCAUCCAUGAAUAAAAGAAAAGAACCAGUUCCUAGUAGCCUUGAUGUCCUGGAAGGAAAAUUGAGGGAGAAAAUAAAAGGCAAACAAUUUCUCUUGGUACUAGAUGAUAUCUGGUGCAAUAAGGAUGCCGUUACGAAGCAGCUACCGAGGUUACUUUCUCCAUUGAUGGAUGGAGCGGUAGGAAGCAGGAUCCUAGCAACAAGUCGUGAUAAAGCUGCAUUUUCAGAUCUGGGUCCUGAUGUGGCACGUGAUGUUUUUGCAAUACGUGAAUUGGAUUCCAAAGUCUUCUUGGAUCUGUUCAUGUAUUAUGCCCUUGAAGAUCCAAAUGCAGAGGGUCCAGAUCGAGCAGAACUCAGAAGUAUUGGUGCUGAAAUUUCACAGAAGUUGAAAGGAUCACCUCUAGCAGCCAGUACAGUGGGGGCACAACUACGCGAAAGAAAAAAUGAUGUUCAAUUUUGGAGAGAAGUUCUAGAUCGGGACCUUCUGAAUGAGACCACGGGGGCCCUAUGGUGGAGUUACAAGCAACUUGAUGAGCAAAUUAGGCGAUGCUUUGCUUACUGUAGUAUUUUCCCCAGAAGACGUCAUCUGAAGCAAGAUGAGUUAGUUAGACUGUGGGUGGCAGAGGGGUUCAUACACGCAGAGGAAGACAUGGAAGCUGUUGGUCGUGGUUACUUUCACAAGUUACUGGCAACCUCAUUUGUGCAACCAGCCGCACUCAACCAACAAGAGGAGUUGGUCUAUUCCAUCCAUGAUCUUAUGCAUGAUUUGGCUGAGAAGGCGGCCGGGGGUGAUUGCUUCAGAAUCGAGAAUGGCUUGAGAACAAAAGUUCCUCAUGAUGUUCGCCAUCUUUUUGUUGCAAAUGCAACAUUAGUUACCAAGGAGAUUUUUGAUCUGGAAAACCUAUGCAGUCUCAUUAUUGAUGAAACAAACAUGCUUGAAGCAGUUAACACAAAAUUCUUUGAGGAAGUAUUCAAGAAGCUGAGAAAAUUGCGGGUACUGGUUGUAGAAGCCACAAAUGUUAAUAUUGAUUUGGAGAUUCCAGAAACUAUUGGUCAUUUAAUGCAUCUACGCUAUCUUAGUUUAGUGAUCCCCUGGGCAAAGCUGUUAUUACCAAAAGCAUUAGACAAACUUUACCAUCUGCAGGUGCUAACAUUUGGUUUUAGCUCUGUAAAAUUUUCUCCUGAUACAAAUAUGGGUAACCUCACCAACGUGCGGCAUAUCAUUGGCGCAUUAACAAUUAGCGCUCCGUACAUUAGCAGGUUAACAUCAUUACAAACAUUUGAACGAUUCAAAGUAAGGAAGCAGCGUGGGUAUGAGUUGAGCCAGCUGAUGGACCUAAACAAGCUUCGGGGCCUUCUGAAAAUCCGCAAUCUUGGAAAUGUUAAAAACAAGAGGGAGGAGUAUGAUGCAAAGCUAGCUGACAAGAAAGGACUGACAGAGCUGGAACUGUCCUGGGAAGGAGAUAUGACUUGCACACCACAAGUUCAACAAGAGGUACUUGAGGCUCUUUGCCCACCCAAGCAUCUUGAAAGUCUGCUAAUCUGGAACUACCAAAGUCUGUGGUACCCAAGUUGGAUGCUGAGUGAGCAGAACGGCGCCCCAAAGUACCUAAAGAAACUUGAUCUCAGCUACUGCGAGCAAUUGGGACCUGCUCCAGAACUGUUUGAAGUUUUCAUUAAUCUUCGUGAACUCAACAUUGCGCACUGCAACUGGGACCACUUGCCAGCCAAUGUGAAGGACCUCAGGUGGCUGGAGAGCUUGCAGAUUAUUAAUUGCUGGUAUCUUAAAUCGCUUCCAGAACUUCCCCGUUCUCUUAAGAAGUUUCAUUUGGUGGGAGACGAUGAUGUGGUGAAGUCAUGCAAACUAGAAGGUCAUCCUAACUGGCAAAAGCUUCAGCAUGUUGGUGUGCAGAUACUCACGUUAAGCGCCAUUGCUAACGCUGGCCUUGUGAGGCCAUCGGCUGAUCUUAUUGAAGAAGGGGAAACAGGGUUACAAGAACAAAAUCAGCAGAGCAAGCUCAGGUACAGAACAGAUCCAGCUGACAAAACUACAGCUGAAAAAGACUGA